CAGCCAGCUUGAGUGAAACAAACGCAGCAGUUGAAGUCGACAGUGAGCUAGAAAAGUGUCGAAAAUCUUUUAUUUUCUUAAUUCACUUACGAAUUUAGUGGCGAGAUAUUGCAAAUACACAAAAAUCAUAUAAAAAAUUUUAUACAGGCAACCGAUUCGUCUGGUGUGUAGAGGCAUACAGCAGAAUAACAGACCAAGUUUUGCUAUCACUUCGACGCUUGAUCGGUCGGUCAUUUACAUUAGAUUUGCGUUGAAAUACAUUGCAGAGGUGCCGAAGUGCAGCGCGCUGAUAAAACCGAAAAUUCAAAACGAGCAGAAAAUUUGUGAAACACAAUUUGGAAUAUUCCUUUCUCGCGGCCCGAUGACGUGUUUUUUUCAUAUAUGAACUCAUAUCGAAAAAAAAACACAAAAAAUAAAUUAAAACAAUUUAUUCUUGCGAAUUUAUGCUAAUCUGAUGGUCGUCGCAUUUGUGGACUAUUGAUUCGUCGAUCCUAGUUGCGAAACGUGCAUACGAGUAUAAAAUCCGUGUACUUGGGCAUUUGACUUGCGCAAAAGAAUAAAAGAACUCGCAACAGCAAGAAGCCAAAAGUAGUGGAGCCGCGGCAAACAGUUGAAAGUCUGAAAAUUUUCGAAUUCAAAAACACUUAACAAUUACAUUGUAGUAGUGUUUAGUGCAAAUUCAGUUACUUUCUAAAUUAAUGGAAAACUUUUUCGCUUGGCCAACCAAAUUGAUUUUGGCACAAAUUAAAUACCUCAAAUUGCCAGCCACACGCGCCCAAUACGCCGAGUGACAGAAGAAAAAAAGUGAUAAGAAAACGCUCAUUCAACAAAGCUACUGGAGUGCAAGUGACAAACGCGUGAAAGUCGUAAAAACUUUGGUGUGUGUUCCUGUGUCCCCUAAAAAGGCAGUAUUUGGCAGUCUUUUGCUCUGAAGCCAGCGGCAGUCUCGAAAUAUGACCUCAAUGAAGUCGCGGGCGAUGAUCGGUGUGGUGUUCCUGCUUUGUCUGGCCAUCGGCAGUUAUGGACGUGCACGUGACAUAUGCCUGGUACAGCCGUCCAUCAAUGGACUUUGCGUCUCAUCCACUUUGGGUAUCGUCUACGACGUGGAAACGCAGCGCUGCAAAUAUAUGGGUUGUAGUAGCGAUAAGAAAUUAUUUGCGACGCUGGAGGAUUGUGAAAAAAUCUGCAACAAUUCACGACAUCGUCGCCUACGAAUUAAAUACAACAAUAAAACGAACAAUGUGAAUAGAGAAGAAUAAGAAAUACAAACAAAAAGGGCAACAGUGAAAUGAAUUGUGACAAAAAACAAAACAGUGCAUUUUACGCUCUUUGAUUUCGUUUAAUUUUUAUUAGUUUAUUUAUAAAAAAGUAAUGUAUAGUAAAUAGCAGAUAAGUGUAAUUUAAUUUAGAAAAUACAUUUUUCAUUGAAAAA